UUCACGAAAAGAAAUGAAACAUAUUAAUUUUUUUUUACAUUUUAGAGAAAAUUUUGGCACAUUUUUGGACUUUUUAAUAAUUUAGAAAAGUGCAAACUUCUUUUUAUUACGUAUUUGGUUGUUUGUGAAAGUUCCUAUUCAAAUUUGUAAUAAAUUAAUUUUCUUUCAUAACCUCUGAAAAAGUAAAGUGCAAAAUUCCAAAGUAAAAUGUUGACAAAUUGAGUUCGUUCCUGUCUUCGAUAUUUCUAUAAAGAUUUUUUAACAAAGAAAAUAGAAUUCGUAAUGUCAACAAAUCAGAGAGGGAAAAAUCCGAAGAUGAGGGUCGAAAGUAAGAAACUUGGGAUUUUAGGUUGAUGAAGAAAUUUAAGAGGGUUUUAAGAUGCGAGACAAAUUCAUGGACAAAAUGGAUGAAAAUAUUGUGAGUGUUUUGCUCAAAGAGGGUACUGGAAAAUCGGAUUCUGGCUUCAUGGAGGACAUUUGCUCGGCCACAUUUGAAAAGGCGCUAUUAUCGAUCGGGAAUCAUGAAAUGGACUUCUCUGAUGAAAUGGUUAAAUUGGAACUGGAAGGAGAGACGAGUACUCAUCAGAAUUGGGUGACUCAAAUCACAAACGUGAAUCUCUGUGAUAAGGAAGAUGGAUCCCUCCAAAGAUGUCUAAUAAACGUCGGGUUCGGCUCUGUAAUCCAAGAAGACAUCCUCGAAAAACCACAAUUUCUCCAAGCCAGUCCUCAGCAGCAAAAGUUCUGCAAAGUCCAAUGUGCCAUCUGUAAAAAAUGGUUUCUCAACAACGACUCCAUGGUAACUCAUCUGAAACUCCACUGCAGCGGAAAUCGUUGCGAAGUCUGUGAAGAAAAUUUCCUCGAUACUUCGACUCUCUAUACCCACAUGCUAACCCACAUGGGAAUGAAUCUCUUCGAGUGCAACAUCUGUGAGAAAAAAUUUCCCUAUAAAUUAAAUCUUCGCAAUCAUAUGCAGGCUCAUUGUCUCGAGAAAGAAUUUGAAAACGAACUUGGGAAGAAAUUCAACUCAGAAAUCCAAGAAGAAAUCUACCAGGAGGAGUUGAAUUCUACUCUGAGCCAAAAUACCAUAGAAGGAAAGCCUUUUUCCUGUGAUAUUUGCGAGGCUUCCUUCAGGGAAAAGGGGAUUUUAAAUCGUCACAUGCUGAUUCACACUGAAGAAAAGAUCUACAAAUGCGACGUUUGUUUUGCCUCUUUCAGACAAAAGGGGAAAUUAAAUCUCCACAUGACUUCUCACACUGGGAGCAAACAAUUUAAGUGUUCGAUGUGUGAUAGAGCUUUCGCCCAGAAGAAUGCUUUGAAUAAUCACAUGCUCGCUCACAGUGAAGAAAAACCUCAUGCUUGUAAUAUUUGCGAGAAGACUUACAAAAGAAAAUCCGAGUUGAUAAGGCACUCGAUGGUCCAUACAGGAGAGAGACCUCACGAAUGUAAAGAAUGUCUAAUGACCUUUCGAGAAAAGGCGAAACUGAAUUCACACAUGCUGGUACACACUGGCGAAAAACCUCACGAGUGUCAAAUUUGUCACAAAGCUUGUGCGAGAAAAUCUGAUUUAAAUAGUCAUAUGCUUUCUCACACUGGGGGCCAGUAUGAUUGUACAAUUUGCGAAAAGAUUUUUACGAGGAAGUCGGAUUUAAAUAGACAUACCCUGAUUCACACGGGAGAGAAACCUUUCGCUUGUGAACAUUGCAAUAUGGCUUUUAGAGAAAAGACAAGACUGAAUUCCCAUAUGCUUAUUCACACUGGAGACAAGAGACACGUUUGUCAUAUUUGCCAAAAGUCGUUCAAGGAGAAGACGAUGCUGAAAAAGCACAUGCUGACUCACAUGGGCGAUCGACCUUUCGAGUGCUACGUGUGCGAAAAAACUUUCACCCAGAAGACGACAUUGAACAGUCAUAUUUUAACACAUGAGGGCGAGUCUUCGUAUGAAUGUAGCACCUGUAAUCAGAUUUUUAGAGAUAGGUUUGCGCUGAAAAAGCAUUUACUGACACAUGCUGGGGAUACAUUGAAUGACUGUUGUCCGAUUUGUUUGAAGAAAUUCACGCACAGGUCGGCUUUGAACAAUCAUAUUGCUAAUUUGCAUAGUUCAUGAAAUGUUGCUUCCAUAAAUGUUGAAGGGAGAAUUGAAUGUUUAGAUUUGAGUCGCGAGGUUAGAAUUUAGAGAUCGAUGUAGCUUUGAAGAGCUGGUUUUCUAUUUUUCUGUAAUCUAUUUUGUAUGUUAUUUACAACGAGAGAAAAAUAUGAAAUAUAAACAGAAACGUCCAGAGAAUUAUUUGGGGCUUAAGAGGUUUACAAAUUAGAGAUCAGGUAAGUUAGGAUUUGAGUUUCUGUUUUUUCGGAUUGUAUUGCAGAAUUUUGUCUAAUUAGAAGCAGAUGAUUUUCAUUUUUGAAUGAUCAUUUUAAUUGAUCAAUUUGUUUAGCUUUAAUUUGAAAUGAAAUGUUUUGCAAAACUCAUGAAUUUUUCAGUGAUAAACGUAUUGUAUUAUGAUUUUUUUUGUCUAAAAUAAUCAAUUAUAUAAGGGUCUCAUACAUUAUUAAAUGUUCUAGGUUUUUUGUUCAAAUGAAAUUUUUGCCGUUUAGGUGUAACGACUUAUAUGAGAAUGUGUAACUUUUUUUACCUGAGCAUACAACUAUCGAUGUAAAUAAAACAUUAAUCGAGUCUCUAA